AGUGCUGGCGGGCCAGAAUGGGGCCAUUCUCAACCCAAUCCCGAGUCUGGGCUGCUUAGAAUAAGGCAGCGAAUGCAGAUAUUCGCUAACAUGCGACCUUGUAACUUUGCCUCGAAGUCUCUAAUUCAAAGGUCACCAAUCAAGCCGGAGAUUAUUUCGGGUGUGGACUUCAUGCUAAUUCGCGAGAACUGUGGAGGAGCCUACUUCGGCCAAAAGAUCGAGGAAGAGGACUAUGGCUGCGAUCCGUGGGAGUAUCGACGCCCUGAGAUUGAGCGUGUAGCUAGAGUAGCCGGUGCUUUAGCGAUGCAACACGAUCCUCCACUCCCAGUUUGGAGCGUAGACAAGGCGAACGUUCUGGCAAACUCUCGGGUCUGGCGCCGCAUAGUCCAUGAAGUCUUUCAGAAUGAGUUUCCAAAGGUGCAACUGCGGGAUCAACUAGCCGACAGUCUGGCCAUGCUUCUGAUUACGAAGCCCACGGCCUACAACGGAGUAAUCUUGACCGAUAAUACAUUUGGCGAUAUUCUCUCGGAUGAAGCAGGUGGGCUGACCGGCUCGCUCGGUCUGCUACCCUCAGCCUCUCUGGCUGGGCCACCUGCAGCACGCGGCGUCGAGCCCACACAAGGGCGAAAUCGGGCAGGUGGCGUUGUGGGACUGUAUGAACCAGUCCAUGGCUCAGCGCCAGACAUUAGCGGGAAAGGCCUCGCAAAUCCUGUGGCGCAAGUGCUGAGCCUGGCCAUGAUGCUGAGGUACAGCUUUAACAUGCAUCAUGAAGCGGAUGUAGUGGAGAAGGCGGUGGCCAAAGUGCUGGACAGUAAGGAAGAUGGCGGUCUGGAGGUGCGCACUGGGGAUCUAGGUGGUAAAGCCGGCACUGAGGACAUGAGUGAAGCAAUACAAGGCGAGGUCCGGCAGUUGCUUAAACUCCGCUGAGAAUUAGCUGGCCCGAUAUAUUUGUUGACAUCCGUGCUCACUACAGUCUAAGUUAGGCUUGGUAAGCGGCCAUCGGACUGUCUUGCGGUCAUGAAGCAUCGAAUGCCCAUACCACAG